AUGAAUCACAAUCAUUCCGAUUAUCAGGCCCGCCUUGAUUUUAUAAAUGGCAAUCAUGGCUUAUUGAAGAGAACGUUCGGUCUGCCUGCAAAUACCCUGGUUGAACCAAUUGCUUAUGAUCCUGAGUGCCCCUUUAAGUACAAUAACUUUGUGUAUCGCGUCUCUCUGCCGUCCCCACUCGACAAAGAAAAUGGUGCCUGUCAGAACAAGCCCGGUUGUGUGGCUAUUCCUUCCGGCACUAGUGGUCUGAUCCUUCGUCGGACAAACUCUGAUGCUACAUCCAUGGGAGCAGCGAAUCGUGUCGAGAAUGAGGUUGCUAUGAUGACUCUAGCUGCGGCUGCGCUAGACCCAAAUUUCGAACCCAACGUUGUGCCUCGUCUGUAUGGCUGGGCUGGAACCACAUCUAGAAAAGGGGAGCCACAGCAAGGUUGGAUCCUCCAGGAGCUCAUGACAGGCGUUCCUCUAGACGAAAAGCUAGACGACAUGGAACUCGAGGAGAAGAAAGAAAUAUUUGCACAGAUCGCAAAGCUCCUCAAAGGUCUUCAGGACUUGCCGCUGCCCGCCUCUAUUACUAAAUUUGGAGGACUGACCUUCGAUAACGAGAACAACAUAAUCAGUGCACCAAUGACCACCACCAGUACUGGUCCCUGGCCCUCGUACGAGGCUGCAUUUGAAACACGGCUCAAGCAAGCUCUGAAGAAAACAGACCAGAAUUCUUAUAUCCGGGGCUGGCAUGAGAAUGGCGUCCGGGACCGACUAGAGGCCUUUAUAGAGCGAGGGCUCCCAGAAUCUUUCAAGCAGCUUGAAUCGCGCGACGACAAGGCAAUAAUCCACGCAGAUCUUACACCCAACAACCUAUUAUUCGACAUUUCCUCGGGUCGCAUCACAGGAUUAAUUGACUUCGACUUUUCGUGCGUUCUCCAUCCUUCAUACGAGUUCCUUUGCUCCUUUAGUGGGCUUGGCGGCAAGUUUGGGGGCUGGCCCGGCACUGACGCCUGUGAAGAAAGGGCCCUAAAGGAAGCCAAGUUACACGGCUUCCCAGACCCUCUCCCCGAUGACCAGCAAGACUGCGAGGGAGUUUAG